AUGGUUCAUCGCUUACUAACAUACACAUCAGCGAUACAUGGAAGGCCUUACGACGUUUGGGGAGAUGCACCAGGAAAGAAAAACAAGAUUGGCAAGGCUGGUUACUGCCCACAUGGCAAUGAGUUGUUCUUGGGUUGGCAUCGCCCGUACCUUGCGCUAUUCGAGCAAUCACUGUCAAGCCAUGUCUACGAUAUCGCUAAAAAAGCACCCGCCGAUCAGAUCGAACGGUAUCUCAAGGCAGCAAACGAAUUCCGCAUACCUUACUGGGACUGGGCCCAAGGUACCACUAUUGGCCCCGUUCCCGACUUCUUCACAGCCCCGGAAAUAGCGGUGACGGAUACGGACGGCAGUCUGACAGUGGUGUCAAAUCCGCUGUAUUCCUACAAGUUCAAUCCCAUACCUGCUGGCUUUGAUCAAAAGUGGGCCUCUAUGAGUUCGACGAUACGCUGGCCGAGCGACGCGACCGCCAAUGCGACAUCGCGACAAUCGAUGUUUGUUGGUGCCUUCAAUGCCCAGUCCACCAAUCUGAUAUCUCAGGUUGGUGUUGCUUUCCGCGCAAGCACUUUCUCGCGAUUCUCUAGUAUACUAGAAGACCCGCAUGGUUGGAUACACGGCGUUAUCGGCGGUGGCUACGAUCCCACCACCUCUUCACCUGGUCAUAUGUGGCCGCUGGAGUAUUCGUCCAACGUCGACCGCCUACUCGCACUAUACCAGGGAGCGCACCCCGAUCUUUGGAUGGAGAAGUCAAGCAUAGGACCGCACGGCAACGUCUAUCUUGACGACUACCAAGAUGUUGACGCAAACACAGAACUCCUCCCAUUCAGAAAGGACCCUGGCAAAUUCAUGACCUUCAACGACUGUCGCAACACCGCUGUCCUAGGCUAUGCCUAUCCGGAAACGAAGCGCUGGAAGUUCGCAUCAGAUCAAGCCUAUCAGGCAGAUGUCACAGCGCAGAUUGCAAGGAUGUACAGUGGACGCGCCCGCGCACAGAGCAAAGUUACAGUCAUGAGUACCAAGCCGACGCCAUUCGGAGAAACACUCGAGGGCAACAAUGGCACAUACACGGAUUGGACUAUCGAGACACAAGCAAUCGCUUCCAAACUUCCACCAUCAUUCAUCGUCAAGUACUCGCUCGGCGGCAUGUUCAACUCCGAUCCAGUUGUCGACGUGGGAAGCUGGAUGAUGUUGAUGCCGGAGCGACUCGACGACGUGCACACCGAGAAAGAUCCCUCAACACCGGAGAAGUUGAUGAACGGUACAACAAGUAUCACACCCUAUCUCGUCGAGCAGAUCGAGAACAAGAGCUUGAAGAGCCUGGAGCCCAGCGACGUGGUGCCUUUCUUGACCGAGAAGCUGACCUGGAAUGUCUAUGAUCAAAAUGGUGAACGUGUCAAGUUCCCAGACCAAAAGACUCUUUCGGUCAAGGUAUUCAGCACCAGCGCGCGCGUGCCAGACAACGACGAAGAGCCGAUCGAAUACGACGAGGGAAGCACGGCUUAUCCCGAGAUCACGGCAGACCCCCCACCAAAAAAAGACUGGUCAGCAACCCAAUACCUCAAAUUCAACAACGAGCGCCUCCGCGCCGUCUACGACCUCGUCUCUCAAAUCCAACCCAACAUCACCAGCUCAACACCGCGUAUCUACGACCUCGGCUGCGGACCCGGAAACAGUACAAAAGUCCUCCUCGAUGCGUUCCCCUCUGCGCGCAUCACAGGCAUGGACAGCAGCCCAGACAUGCUGAAGAAGGCGACUGCGGAGUUCGAAGGCAAAAACAGCGUAGAUUUCACACGAGGGGAUCUGGCGACGUUCAAAGCAGAUGGGGAGACGGAUGUACUUUUCAGCAACGCGGUAUUCCACUGGCUCCGGUCUUCCGAACGCAUUCCCACGCUCGCGCGCCUCUUCUCCUCGCUGAAAAGCGGGAGCGUAAUAGCGAUCCAAGUCCCGGAUAACUACCACGAGCCGUCGCACCGGAUGAUGCGUGAGACAGCUCUCCAAUCAGGGAAGGCGUGGUCGGACUCCUUCGCGGAUACGCAGAUUGGCGAUUUGAAGGACACGUCAAGGCCGGAUUUGGAUCCGAUUGAGGAGCCGAGUGCGUUUUAUAAUGCGUUGGUGGGAGAGGCGAGUUUGGUUAAUGUGUGGAGGACAAAGUAUAUGCAUGUGCUCAAGGAUGCGGGCGCGAUUGUGGAGUGGGUCAAGGGGACGGGGUUGCAGCCUUAUUUGAAUAGGAUUGAGGGGGAGGAGGCGAAGAAGGCGUUUUUGGAGGAGUAUGAGAAGGGACUGAAGGGCGAGUAUCCAGAGUUGGUGGAUGGGAAGGUGCUUUUGGGAUACCCGAGACUGUUUGUUGUUGCUGUGAAGAAGUAG